CUGGAAUUUAUUUCAGUAGACGAGGGCGAAGCAGAACACAACGCCUGGUCACCACUCGAAGACAGCAGUACCGAUAGCAGAAGCCGAAGCAGCAGCAGCAGCAGUAGCAGCACUUUCGCCGACAACAUGACGAACACGAAAGAGCGUACGUUCAUCUGCAUCAAGCCGGAUGCGGUGCAUCGUGGACUGGUCGCCAAAAUCAUCGAACGAUUCGAGCAGCGCGGAUACAAGCUGGUCGCCAUGAAAAUGAUGAGAGCAUCGAAACAGCACUUGGAAGUUCGAACGAUUCGUGGUGAUUUCUCAAUACAAAUGGGACGAAAUAUAGUGCACGGCUCGGAUUCAGUACCGUCCGCAGAGCGUGAGAUUGCGCAUUGGUUCAAGCCGGAUGAGCUGUGCGAGUGGUCUCCGGUAGCAGCACCUUGGGUAUACGAGCAGCACUGCGGCCCUUAGGC